AUGCCUUCCAUCACCACUUUCCUUCAACUCUCUGCCCUCGUCGGCGUUGCGCUUGCUCUCCCAGGCAACCUGACGCUCGUCGAGAACGACAAGCGCGCGUCCUGCACGGUCAACAGCGUCGCCAGCGCUGCUAACUUGGGCAGCUGCACCAGCGUCGUCAUCCAGGGCUUCACUGUCCCUGCUGGCAACACAAUCACCAUCGCUGCCGCCAAGGGCGCGACCGUGACCAUGACCGGCGAUGUCAUCUUCGCGAAGACCUCGACUGCCGGCCCUCUCUUCACCUUCAACACCCCCGGCAUCAACUUCAAUGGUGGAGGUCACAAGAUCAACGGGAACGGUGCCUCUUACUGGGAUGGCCAGGGCACCAACGGUGGCUCAUUCAAGCCCCACCCCUUCAUCAAAGUCAAGGGCUACGGAACGAUCCAGCAGUUCACUGUCCUCAACUCGCCGGCGCAGGCGAUCUCUGUCGGAACCAGCGGUGGCACAACCACUAUCUCGCAUGUCACCGUCGACAACUCGCUUGGCGACUCCAAGGGCGGCCACAACACCGACGCCUUCGAUGUCAGCGCUGACGACGUCACGAUCGCAUCGUGCACCGUCAUGAACCAGGACGACUGCCUCGCCCUCAACUCCGGAAACAACGUCGUCUUCCAAGACAACUCCUGCGCCAACGGCCACGGAAUCUCUAUCGGCUCGAUCGCCACUGGCAAGAGCGUCACCAACUUCAAGGCGCUGCGCAACACCGUCACCAACAGCUUGUACGGCAUCCGCAUCAAGGUCCAGGCGUCCGCCACUGGCGCCAAGGUCGCCGGUGCCCUCUACGACGGAAACAAGCUGUCUGGCAUCACCUCUUACGGCGUCCUGAUCACCCAGAGCUACCCCGCCAACAACGGCAAGCCCGGAACCGGAGGACCCAUCACCGGCGUCCAGUUCAGCGGCGGUAAGACCACCGUCGCCGGCACCAGCAACGCUUACGGCCUCGUGAUCGACUGCGGCGCCUGCACCGGCACCUGGGACUUCUCCGGUCUCGACAUCACCUCCGCUGGCAAGGGCCACGUCCUCACCCUGGACAAGGCUAAGCUUUCCGGAGGCGUGUACUAAGUCUCUCAUUCUCUCAGUCAAAACUACUUACCUUACUUGUAUAUGAAACACGGAAAUCUAUUGAUCUGCUUCUCAUGGCAGAGCCCAACUCUGAAUAUUGAAUGCUGGCCGAAGCCUGAGUGCGAUUAGACUAUCUCAGUCUAUCUAACAUGACUGGUCCUGCGGGAGCACCAGGUGGCUAUGCGUAAGUCCCCCAACCGAUCGACAGAGGGGUUAGAUCAUCCAGCAACGGACGAUCGAUCGCGUUCUCGAUGCUUCUUACGUGCGAGGACAGCUGAGAGAUCGGCUCACCGCAGUCCUGACUCCUGAGAUCCAAGCACACUCUGACCAAUCGGAAGGAAUGUGAGUGCCGGCGCGACAGAUUGACGAGCCCCGUUUGGGAUACAGCUCCUGGAGUAUCGAGCCUGAUGGUAGACACAUGCAUCGGAAAGUUCAGUGCAGAGAUUAACGACAUCGGAAUGCCUCGAGCUCGACCAGUCCCUGAAUCGUCUCAGGGCUGCUGUCCCAAGUUCGCAGUACCGCUACAUCAGUCACAGCCAUGCAGUGUUAAAGUUGGUCCUUGUACGAUGAGCCAGCACCGCAAACAGCAGUGCGUUCUCCUGCGCGGGGUUCUCUAUCGUGACGAGCUCAAACGAAGUCCAAUCCAUGCCCAACUCCUGGUUGGCAUCCGCCUGAAGGCGCUUCACGUCGUCCCAGGGAAGGCGUAAGACGUAGCGGUACCCAGCAUGCAGGAUCAGCAUCGGUGAGACGAGCACCGCCCACGAGAGGCGCCAAAAAGCAGCAAAGACGUGCCAAGCGAGCAAUGCGAGGGCCAGCAGAAGAAGCUCUAAGCACAGCGGGCACGCGAAGGGAGUAUCCCAGAUAUGAACUAGCCGAGGGGAGGCGGAUGAAGGGCAGGUGCCCUGGUCGGAACCCAGAUCCCACCCGGGUUAAGGUGGUUUGCCUUUGCGACGACGAGAUCCAAGAUCUGCUGGCCUGCGCGCCCAUUACGCUCUUUUCUGUCGGGUUCAUAGGCGUGAGUUGCGGAUGAAGAUGAGGCGGAGGAUAGGAUGGGGCAGG